ACAGUGAUUAUUGUAUUCAACUACAUGGAGAGAGCAAUCCACACGAAUGCGAUGGUGCAGUAAGAUGGGUUCCUUAUGUUGUUGACGACCAUAACGGAAAUAUGUGUGGAAUGCCUGGAAAUUUCAAUACUGUUUCGAUGUUUUCUCCUACUCUUAUUGUUGAUGAAAACCCAAUGUACAUGUCGUUUGAUGCUGCUACUUACUUGAAUAAUAGUUAUUAA